AUGCGGUCGUACAAUGCCAGCGAACGGAUCCCAGAUUUCGAGCUGUUCCAGACACACCAGAUCUCAGUGCCUCUAGAACGUACCAAGUAUUUGUUCAUGAGCAUGUUUCUAUCACGAGCGUUGAACCUCAAGGACGAAAGCUCGAUACUAGACCCAGCCUCGUACAAAGCCAAAACGCACGUGUCGUUGGUGGAGAUUUUGCCGCACAUAGCAAUUCCAAGCGACCUUUGGCUACUCAGCGAAAUAGGCAUCCCUCACCUGAAGGUGAAAGUCGCGUUGUUAAAGGACAUCAAUGCAAUGCUUGCCCGCGUCUUAGAUAGCUUGAACAACGGAGAAUACUUCAUGCUUGACGAUCAUUUAUUGAGGUCCUUCGAGACCCGCGUGGCCGAGUAUAGAAUGACUGAGCUAUCUCCUGACUUUACAGCGGUUCAGUCCGAAGAGCCACAGAUAGAAGACACGUCCGAACUAGAUCAUGUGAGCGAAUUGAGCUUGUCCAUUAAAGACUACCCAGCUGACACUGAUACGAUGAGCGUAUCGUCUGCGUCGACGCGAACCGGGAGCAUGUCCAAAAACAGCAACCGCAUGUCGACUUUCUCCCGAGAUCUCUUACUGGGCAAACGGAAGCUAUCAAUCUUUGGACUUAACCAACAUUUGAAGCCUGUGCUGUUGCCGCCGAAUGAGGACAGGGUCUCGGGGAAUCCAGGAAGAACUCUGCAAAUAUCACCGGAGACCCCUCCCUCGGAACCCUCUAAUACUCAUCAAUUCGUGACUCAAAAGUCAUCCCAGAUGAACGGGCUUUUGCUGAAGUCGAAGUUCUACAAUAAGCUUGUGAAAAGAAGAGAUCUGGAGGUUGCGGACCCGGCCUCUUUGAGCGCUUCCUCGACCCCGUCAUAUCUCAGCUUAGUCGGAGCUCCCGGGCAGGGGGACACCGACGGCUAUUCUUCACGUCGCUUUCUGGUCAGUACCACACAGAGAAUAGAAAAUCAAAAAGACAAGUAUCAUUUCUAUUCACAAACAAAAACGCUUGGUGAAAACAUCGAGGCUCUUGUCGCGGGUUUCGGCCGGCGGGGGUCCCAGGCCAACUUGGUCACGCUUAUGGAGUUUAUUAAGAACCAUGUCUUCAAGUUUGUGGUUGCAGAUAUCUGCCAUAUGAUCAUCGCCAAGGCGCAAGCAGGACUCGUGCGCGACAUUCUGUUUUGA